AUUCAAUGUGAACAUAGAAACAGGAAGUAUUUACGUGAAUUAUAUUCUCGGAAACCUAUGAAUAACUUGCAUUUUCGGGAAGUUGAUGAAUUAAAAAUUGUCUUAACAUUUGUGGAUCUAAAACAAUUACAAUUUUCCUCAGUAUACAGUUAAUAAUAUUACACAAUCAACGCAUAAUUGGACCGAUCUUGGAAGAAAUUUCAUUGACAUUUGCCGGCUUCAUUUUGUGUAUUGGGUGUUUAUAGUUGUUUGACAUAUAUCAAGAAUAACUUUAACCCGCCUCGGUUUCGGAAACAAAGACAUUGUUUCUGCUUGGAUGUCCAGUAGUAUCGACCAAGAGCCUGCAGCUAAGAAGCAAAAACUCGACACUUCUGAGAGUUCAAACUUCAAUUUAAAAUCGAAGGAGAUGGCAAAGAAUUCCCAGAAUGGUGUAGAGGGAGAGAUAGAUGAAGGGCUGUACUCAAGGCAGUUGUAUGUUUUGGGUCAUGCUGCCAUGAGACGUAUGCAGUCCUCUAAUGUUUUGAUAUGUGGUAUGAAAGGUUUGGGUGUUGAAAUUGCCAAAAAUGUUGUGUUGGCUGGUGUAAAGUCAGUUACAAUUCAUGAUUCUUGUAAAGCUACAUGGACAGAUCUCUCUGCACAGUUUUUCUUACGUGAGGAAGAUAUAGGAAAGAACCGAGCUGAUGUAACACUGCCUAGAUUAGCAGAACUGAACAGUUAUGUUCCUUGUAACUGUUAUACUGGACAACUUACAGACUCAUACUUGAAAGAUUUUCAGGUGGUGGUAUUGACUGACUCCAGUUUGGAAGAGCAGGUCAGAGUGGGAGAAUUCUGUCAUGCUAAUGAUAUAAAGUUUAUUGUGGCUGAAACACGUGGACUUUUUGGUAUGAUAUUCUGUGAUUUUGGAGAAGAGUUUGUUGUGUCAGAUAUGGAUGGAGAACAACCAAUCAGCAACAUGAUAGCAGAUAUAGAUGAAGAUGGUGUAGUAACAUGCCUGGAUGAAACAAGACAUGGAUAUGAAGAUGGAGAUUAUGUGCAAUUUAAAGAAGUACAAGGAAUGACUGAGCUUAAUGGUCAUGAACCUAUGAAAAUCAAAUGGCUAGGACCAUACACAUUCAGUAUUGGAGACACAAAAAAAUUCUCACCGUACCAAAAGGGAGGCAUAGUUACCAAAGUAAAAAUGCCAACAACCAUCAAGUUUAAAUCCAUAAAGGAGGCAGUGAAUGCACCAGAGUUUGUCAUGACAGAUUUUGCCAAGUUUGACCGUCCAGGUCAGCUCCAUAUAGCUUUCCAGACCAUACAUGAAUAUAUCAAACAGAAAGCUGAUUUACCUAGAAGUAGAAGUAAGGAAGAUGCUGGAGAAUUCAUGAAAAUAUUCAAUGAGAUCAAUAGUAAAUCAGGAGCUAAAUGUGAUGAUAUUGAUGAAAGUCUUAUAAACGAGUUCUCAUUCGGUGCACGAGGUGACCUGUGUCCAUUAGCUGCUGUUAUAGGGGGUAUAACUGCCCAGGAAGUGAUGAAGGCAUGUUCUGGCAAGUUUAACCCAGUAUUCCAGUAUUUAUAUUUUGAUGCCCUGGAGUGUCUACCACAAGAAAAUAGAGAUGAAAUUCUUACUGAGGAAUCUUGUAAACAGAACAACAACAGAUAUGAUGGACAGACAGCAGUGUUUGGUCAGGAGUUCCAAAAUAAACUUAACAACCUGAAAUAUUUCCUGGUUGGAGCUGGAGCUAUUGGAUGUGAGAUGUUAAAGAACUGGGCACUGAUGGGUGUAGCUUGUGGUGAAGGUGGAAUGGUCUAUGUCACUGAUAUGGACAUCAUUGAAAAAUCUAAUCUUAACAGACAGUUUCUGUUCAGACCAUGGGAUGUAUCUAAACACAAGUCAUCAACAGCAGCAUCUGCAGCAAAGGUGAUGAACCCUGCCCUCAAGAUAACCGCACAGGAAAACCGGGUCGGACAGGAUACUGAAAAUAUUUAUACUGAUGAUUUCUUUGAACAGCUGGAUGGUGUGGCCAAUGCCCUUGAUAAUGUUGAUGCUCGUAUGUAUAUGGACAGAAGAUGUGUGUAUUACAGAAAAUCUUUGUUAGAAUCUGGAACACUGGGUACUAAAGCAAAUGUUCAGGUAGUUAUACCACAUCUGACAGAAUCAUAUUCAUCAUCACAAGAUCCUCCAGAGAAGUCUAUACCAAUCUGUACACUGAAGAACUUUCCUAAUGCCAUUGAACACACCUUACAGUGGGCAAGAGACACAUUCGAGGGCGAGUUUAAGGGACCAAUAGAAACAGCCAAUCUUUAUUUAACAGAUCCUAAAUUUCUUGAGAGAACUUUUAAACUACAAGGAACACAACCUAUUGAAACAUUGGACACAGUUCGUAAAGUGUUGGUGGACAAUAGGCCGUCAAGUUUUGAAGACUGCGUGACCUAUGCUAGAAAAGUUUUUCAAGAAAAUUAUGAUAAUCAGAUACAGCAGUUAUUGUUUAAUUUCCCAUCAGAUCAGGUGACAAGUUCUGGGGCACCAUUCUGGUCUGGACCAAAAAGAUGUCCCCAUCCUCUAAAAUUUGAUUCUAAUAAUGACGUUCAUUUAGACUUUGUUGCUUCUGCUGCCAAUCUGAAGGCAGAAAUCUAUGGGUUAAAGCAGGUUCGGGACAGAGCGGCAAUCAAGGCUAUGGUAGAUAAAAUCGUGGUAGAAGAGUUCAAACCUCGGUCUGGCAUCAAGAUAUCGGUGACAGAUGCUGAUCUUGAGGCCAAUGCCAACAAUGGAAACUUUGACACAGAUGAUAUACAGAAAUUAAAGGAUAGUUUACCUUCACCAGCCAGUAUGAAGGGAUUUUUGUUACGUCCAGUAGAAUUUGAGAAGGAUGAUGACAGUAACUUUCACAUGGACUUUAUUGUAUCAUGUUCUAAUCUUAGAGCAGAGAAUUAUGACAUUCCACCUGCAGACAGACACAAGAGUAAGCUGAUUGCUGGUAGAAUUAUUCCAGCUAUAGCAACAACAACAGCCAUGGUGGUAGGAUUAGUUUGUCUGGAAAUGUAUAAGAUCGUACAAGGGCACAAGAAGUUAGAAUUAUUCAAGAAUGGAUUCUGUAACCUUGCUUUACCUUUCUUUGCAUUCUCGGAGCCAAUUGCUGCACCCAAAAAUAAGUACUAUGAUAAAGAGUUUACAUUGUGGGACAGAUUUGAGAUACAGGGUGAAAUGACGCUGCAGGAAUUUGUUGAUCAUUUCCAGAAUGAUCACAAGUUGGAGAUUACAAUGUUGUCACAGGGUGUAACAAUGCUCUUCUCUUUCUUCAUGCCAGCAGCCAAACGAACUGAAAGAAUGCCACUACCGAUAUCUGAAGUGGUAAAGAAAGUCUCAAAGAAAAAGAUUCCUAGUUACGUGAAAGCGCUGGUUCUAGAAUUGUGUUGUAAUGAUACUGAUGGUGAAGAUGUGGAAGUUCCAUACGUACAAUACCGGCUACCACAAUAACUCUAGUACUUACCUCCCUUCCUACCACAGCUCAACUCGUAUUGUCUCCCUUUAAUGAGUGAAUAGACACUACUUGGGCAAAAAAAAUGAAAAACGUGAUUGAGAAAUUAUUCAAAAUGUGAAAACUGAAACUGUGUUUUGUAAAUACAUAUUUGUGUAUUCAUUAUUGAUAAUAUUUCGUAUGUAGUUAAGGAUAAUUCAUUAAAGCAGAUGUGAAAAUCGAUAUCAGUUAUACAGAAUAAUUAAGUUAAACAAAUAAAGUGCUUUAAAGUGUGUGAUAGAAAUGUUAGAAAGACAAAAAAUGAUUCUUAUAGAAUCUGGAACAAUCUUGCUUAUGUUUUGUGGGUAGUGAUUAGCAUUAAUGCAUCAGAGAAAUGUAAAAACAUUUUAGACUUUAUUUACAAUGGAAAUCUCUCUUAUCAAAAAGUGCUAUUGUAAAGUUAAAACAUGUAUGUGCUGUUGUAUUUAUAUAUGUGCUGAUUUUGUUAUUUAAGUUUAUAUCAUUUGACAUGGAAGAGUUUUGAAUGUUUGUGAACAAUAUAUUUGGAAAUGCCAAAAUUUUAAUUUGGUAUUUGUAAUUGUUUAUUUUUUGCACGGUUAUUUGGACCUACCAUUUUUGGUAUGACAUAAGAAUAAAAUCAUUGUAUAGAAAGUGUU